AUGUUGAUAGAAAAUUGUCCAAUCAUCAACGUGAACGUCAAAGUGUGGCUCUUUUGGGCUUAUCUCCGGAAGCCCAAGUGGUACAGCUAUCUGCUGGGAUGCAUCCCGGUCACGGUGUUGAACGUAUUUCAGUUUAUGAACCUGUUCCAUGUGAUUAUGUCCGGCACCGGCGAUAUGAACAAGAUUAUCAUCGACGCGUACUUUACGGUGCUCUACUUCAAUUUAGUGCUCCGGACGUCGUUCCUAAUGGGAAAUCGACGGAAGUUCGAAGUGUUCCUAGAGGGUAUUGCUGAUGAGUACGCAGUGCUGGAGAACCAAAAUGACAUCCGCCCACUAAUGGACCGGUUGACCCGUCGCGCUCGGAUACUGUCCAAAUCGAAUCUCUGGUUGGGAGCGUUUAUCAGUGCUUGCUUUGUGACCUAUCCGCUGUUCUCGCCGGACAAUGGCCUUCCGUACGGAGUGUACGUACCCGGGGUCGACGUCCAUGCGUCGCCAAUUUAUGAAAUUGUGUUCCUGCUGCAAAUUUACCUCACCUUCCCGGCUUGCUGCAUGUACAUCCCGUUUACCAGCUUCUAUUGUACCUGUACGCUGUUUGGACUGAUCCGAAUUGCAGCACUCAAGCGGUUCCUUGAGGGGAUUCACGAAUACAAUACUUCCCGGCAAAUGCUGUUCGCUAGGAUAAAAGAAUGUCUUCAAUACCAUAACAAAAUUAUAAAGUACGUAAGUGACUUGAAUGAACUUGUGACCUACAUAUUUCUGCUCGAGCUGCUUUCAUUUGGAAUGAUGCUGUGUGCGCUGCUCUUCCUUUUGAGUAUAAGCAAUCAGUUGGCACAGAUGGUAAUGAUCGGUUCGUACAUUUUCAUGAUUCUGUCGCAAAUGUACGCCCUCUACUGGCACUCGAACGAGGUCCGGGAGCAGAGUAUGGAAAUUGGCGACUCACUGUACUACAACAGCGCUUGGCUUGAUUUUGAAGGGACGGUCAAAAAGAAGAUAAUCCUGAUGAUUGCUCGAUCACAGCGUCCAUUAGCGAUAAAAGUCGGAAAUGUGUACCCGAUGACGUUGGAAAUGUUUCAAUCGUUACUAAAUGCGUCUUACUCGUAUUUUACACUGCUUAGACGGGUGUACAAUUGA